ACGGCCAUUGGGAGUGUGGAGGCACGGCACAGUGACGGAGGAAGAGAGGGGAGUGUUAUCCGCUUAGGAGGCGACGACUUUGUCAGGAGAUUUGUCGGAAGAGCUGUUAACUUUUCUUAUUCUUAUCUUCUUUUCCUAUUUUCAUCAUCCUAAGCUCGUCACGCAAGAGUCUUUGCGUCAAUUUUUUUGUCGUCAUCAAGUGUGACCAUGGUUUCGUGUGAUGCAUGCCCAUUGCCCACCGCCAUAUCUGUCUCUCCCAUGACACCUGCCUCUCCCUCCUCCUCGUCGUUCUCCUCUCCUUCUGUGAAGCCUGCUGAGGGCAAAAUGUGUGACGGGGUGAGCAACGGAUUGAGCGCCAACGGAUUGAGCGCCAACGGGUUGAGCGCCAACGGGAUGAGCGCCAACGGGAUGAGUGCCAACGGGAUGAGUGCCAACGUAUCGAGCUCCAACGGGAUGAACGCCAAGGGGAUGAGCGCCAAGGGAAUGAGCCUAACAGCUCCUACUCCGUCUGAUUUCCAGUCUCGUUAUGCUGAUGACGAGCCACGUAUGGGCUGCGAUAUUCUGAUCGAGGCCUUAGAAAGGGAGGGCGUGCACCAUGUGUUUGCGUAUCCGGGCGGCUCUUCGAUCGAGAUUCAUCAAGCUCUGACCCGCUCUAAGUCGAUCAAGAACAUUCUUUGUCGUCACGAGCAAGGGGAGGUGUUCGCCGCUGAGGGCUAUGCGAAAGCCUCAGGUCGGGUUGGAGUGUGCAUCGCGACAUCCGGACCAGGUGCGACGAAUCUCGUCACCGGACUGGCUGAUGCCAUGAUGGACAGCGUCCCGCUCGUCGCGAUCACCGGCCAAGUUCCACGCCGCAUGAUCGGGACCAACGCGUUCCAGGAGACCGCCAUCGUGGACGUCACGAGAUCCAUCACCAAGCACAAUUGCCUGGUAAUGAACGUGGACGAUAUUCCAAGGGUGAUUAGGGAGGCGUUCUUCUUGGCGGGCUCAGGAAGGCCGGGACCGGUGCUGGUUGACAUUCCCAAGGACAUUCAGCAAGCGAUGAGCGUUCCUGASUGGUCGMAGARGAUGCGGUUGGACAAGUUCUUGGAGCGGUUGCCAUGUGGUGCGCCGUCCGAAGAUCAACUCGAUCGGAUCUUGCGGCUGCUGCAGAGUUCGAAGAGGCCUGUGCUCUUGGUGGGCGGAGGGUGUAUGAAUGCAUCUAAGGAACUUAGGGAGUUCGUGGCCAGGACGGGAGUGCCCGUGACGCACACGUUGAUGGGUCAUGGUGUGUUUCCUUCCACGAGUCCCCUCUGUCUGCAGAUGCUGGGGAUGCACGGAACCGUGUGGGCAAAUUACGCGGUUCAGGAGAGCGAUCUUCUCUUGACAUUUGGCGCGAGGUUCGAUGAUCGGGCGACCGGCAAGGCGGAGCUGUUUGCCGCCAGGGCCACGAUCGUCCACGUGGACAUCGAUCAAGCCGAGCUGGGCAAGAUCAAGACGCCUCAUCUCGCAGUACUGGCCGACGUCAAGGCAGCUCUGGGCGAGCUGAACAGGAUCCUUCGCUCCCGCAUGCCCAGAUUUGACUUCACGUCGUGGGUCAACGAGUUGGAGCAUCAAAAGCAGCGGUAUCCGUUGACGUAUCCACAGAACAAGGAGGGAGGAGCGGAGGGGGAGGACGGAGACGAGGAAGCCAUAGCUCCCCAGCAUGCCAUAGCUAUGCUACGAAAGCUGACCAAAGGACACGUCGUCAUCUCCACGGGAGUGGGUCAGCAUCAGAUGUGGACGGCACAGUUCUUUGGAUUCGACAAUCCAAGAAGGCUACUCACGUCGGGAGGGCUGGGAACGAUGGGGUUCGGCCUGCCAGCUGCGAUAGGCGCGGCUGUUGCGUCGCCUGGCUUGCCUGUGAUUGACAUCGACGGCGAUGGCAGCUUCAUGAUGAACGUUCAGGAGCUGGCCACGAUCAAGGUGGAGAAACUUCCGGUGAAGAUCAUGAUUCUGAACAAUCAGCACCUCGGCAUGGUCAGGCAGUGGGAGGAUCGGUUCUACAAGGGCAAUCAUGCGCAUACCUAUUUGGGGGAGGACGUGGAUUCCGAAGGAGGGAUCUUCCCAGAUUUCCGCAAGUUUGCAGAGGGCUGCAAGAUCCCCUGUGCACGCGUGACGAAGAAGAGAGACCUUGUCGAUGCGCUGCAUGCGAUGCUGGACGCGCCAGGUCCUUACCUGUUGGAUGUGAUCGUUUCGCGCAAGGAGCACGUGCUGCCGAUGAUUCCGGGGGGAGGCUCGUUCGAAGAUACCAUACUAGGAGAUGAUGGAGCCAAGCCGGUGCCUCGCUCGUGGGAGGAGACUUGCUGAAGUUGCAGGCCUCUCUCUCGCCUCUAUAUGCUUGAUAGCGUAGAUGGGAAUGUGAACAGAGUCGCCGGAUUAGAACGGUGAUCUCGAACGGGAUAAAACUUGCCGGCCAGG